CAAAGCCAUCUCCAUAAAGUGAAUCUCCAGAACCAUGAACUGAAAAAUGGAUAUGGAUUUCCCAAUCGCGAGCUGUUACAGGCUGUAUGGCGCAAGCUCCACAAAAGCAACAACAAUUGGCUAUGAUACCAUACAUUGACAUGAGUUCCAAGCUUAUGCCCGUGUUAAAAAGAAAACUUGUCGUUGAUCGUGAACCUCACGAGGUCAAUGUACCAGAAAACAUGCAACAGUUGGCCAUCAUAACAUACAUCAACAUGAGAUCCAAAUUUGUGAGUUUAAUGCCCGUCUUAAAAAGAAAACCAGCUUGUGUUUUUAAGCCUUAUUUGGCGAACACACCAAAGAGCAUCCAACUUGUUCCAAAGCAGAAACAGUUAUCUAUAAUACCAUACAUUGAUAUGACAUCAAAACUUAUGCCAAUGUCGGAAAGAAAACUGGUGCUUGCUUAUAAUCCGUAUGUGAUCAAGAUGGAAAAGAGGAUUCAGUUUGUUCCAAAGCAGAAAGAGUUAUCUAUAAUACCAUACAUUGAUAUGACAUCAAAACUUAUGCCAAUGUUUGAAAGAAAACUGGUUUUUGCUUAUAUUCCGUAUGUUGUCAAGAUGGAAAAGAGCGUCCAUCUUGUUCCAAAGCAGAAGGAGUUAUCUAUAAUACCAUACAUUGAUAUGACAUCAAAACUUAUGCCAAUGUUUGAAAGAAAACUGGUUUUUGCUUAUAUUCCGUAUGUUGUCAAGAUGGAAAAGAGCGUGAGUUCAUUUUGAUAUAAGUUAUACAUAACAAAUGUUAUCUUUAAGCUGAUAAAUCACUAAAUGUUAACUUGUCAUAUGUUGCCACAAAUUUCAGAUCCAACUUGUU